ACGUGCACGUUCACGACACCAGCGGCCGCGCGCACGUAGCUGUCAGUAGGAAAUGCUGGGUGUUCGGGCAGUGUGCACUGCAGCCGCUAAGCUUGAAUAAUUUGAACGCGUAGCAUUCUUUUAGAAAUAUUUAACAUUUUUAAAAUAAAGUUUUUUAGUGCCGUUUGAUGAGGCUGAUAGUGCGCAUGUCUAAUGUGGAGAUCGAAACCUUCAGAUAAGCUCGGCUAACACAGCAACGACGCUAAUGCUAAUAGUUAAGGGGCUAAAAAUUAGCUAGUUUGCAACUUAGCUUGCUAAUGCGGAAUAUUUGCUCCUCAACAGCGAACAUUUUUCUGUGUUUCUAUCCGGUCGGGCGGCUUGGGACCCUCGGUAAACGGAAGACGCUGUGGAGCCGGAGCUGUGGCGGGGGUGGGUGUAUUAUGUACAGGAAACCCCUGGCUACCCAGGAGGACGGAUCGCAGUGACACGCAGGUCGAGGGAGAGAUCAGUGGGGAACCAUGGCUGAGCUCUCCACGUUAUCCCCAUCUCCGCCUGCGUUGGGUGAUCCCUGUGCAGCCCCACCCAUAACUCCGUCUUCAUCUGCGCUCCCUCCUGCUAGCAACACUCCACCAGAAUCUAUUCAGGAAAUGCCUCUUCCCAAGUCUUCCCUUUACAAUGACAAAGCUCUGAGUGGAAACGCUUCUGCAGCAUCCUCAAACGCUUCACCGUUGACUCCACAUUUGUCCGCAAGUCCCCCCACACUUGCAGGAGAAACUCCCCCUCCACCGUCAGGAAAUCAAGAGUCAAAUGAGAAAUCCAACAGUGUCCCGGCUGCUGCAGAACUCCCGAAUGCAGUGGAAGCUCCACAAUGUGCAAGUGGGCCUUCAGAUCCAAGCACAGAGCUGCAAGCGUCCUGUCCACCUGAUCUAGAUGUUACUCUGUACCCUAAUGUGCAGGUAAGCCAUGAGGACGGCCAAUCUGAGAAGGUGCCCGAUUUCACUCCCACAACUGCUUCUUCAGCUGCAACAGCGGCUGAGGUGGAGACUCCUCAGACAGUUGAACAAGAACAAAAGCCUCUAAGUAAGCCUCCUCCUUUGUCCCCAAAGCCUCGCUUAUCUGGUGAACCCAACAAGCCAGAGCUUUUCCACACUCCAACCCGAGCUGGACACUCUAGCCCCACGGUCCCAAUGAUCCAAGAGCCCGUCCUCCCAUACGCCGGCCCCCGACACCCUGAGUUACCUGGAAUCCGCCAGCCUGAUGUCGGGAACAUUGGAGUCCCUAUCUGGACUGGGAGAGGACGGGAGCUCCGUGGGCUCCGACUCCGAGAUCAAUGGCCUCACUGUCAAACGCACUGA